AUGGUUCCUCUUGUGUGGACGAUACUCGAGGAAUUUGGGUAUAACCAUAUCCUACAGGAAUUGAAUGGCGACCAUGUCAACCGACUGGAGAACGUGAUGACGUUGGCGAAGGACGUGCACAGCGACUUUGAUGCGCUCGCGAUAUGGUUGGUCCCUUCGGACGAUCCAAAUGCGGAACCGAACACUUACAAAGUCGAGUCAUCCCUUCCGUUUCUCCUCCAGGCCUACCCAAGGGAUAAUUCUAUUGAGAAACCCGGUAUGAGCCUAGAAACCCGGGUCUACUGGGCACCCUGGGGUCCCAACGACUUUUGCUCACCGGCGCCCUUAUCACCAGGCCCUGACGGCUCUUCCGUGACUGAUCAAUGGUGGCCCGUAGAAUGA